CGACCUCGCGUGUGCUCUGCUUGUGGAGGUGGUGCGGGAAGAAGAGCAACACGCUGAAAUCCGGGGUCGGUUUCCAGCUUCGGGGCUACACUAUAAGACGAAAUGCAUUUCCAUAUAUCUACAGGAUGACUCAUCCUUGCAUCUUUAACUCAUUCAGUUCAGAAGCUUCAUCUCACAGUGAUUUGUGUUGUGCUCCACUUCAAACAUUUACUGAAGAAGAGAUAAUGAUUAAAGAAAUGGUAAAAAAGUUUGCUCAAGAACGAAUUGUACCGUUGGUACAAAAAAUGGAUGCAGAGGCAAAAUUAGAUGAUUCUGUUCUACAAAGUCUGUUUGAACAAGGGUUGAUGAGCAUUGAGCUUGGCUCAGAAUAUGGAGGAACUGGAUCUUCUUUUUUUUCCACCAUUCUGGUGAUUGAAGAGCUAGCCAAGGUUGAUCCAUCAGUGGCACUUGUAUGUGAGCUCCAGAAUACAUUAACCAACAAAUUGUUUACAACAUAUGGCACAGAAGAACAAAAGAGAAACUACUUGCCCAGGUUGGCAAAAAACUUGAUGGGCAGCUUCUGCCUUUCAGAGGUUGGAUCUGGCAGUGAUGCAUUUUCCUUGAAGACUCGAGCUGAAAAGAAAGGCGACUAUUAUAUCAUCAAUGGAUCAAAGAUGUGGAUUAGCUUUGCUGAACAUGCAGGAGUCUUUCUGGUGAUGGCAAAUGCAAAUCCUUCUGCUGGAUAUAAAGGAAUAACAUGUUUCAUUGUUGACCGAGACACAGAGGGCCUACAUGUAGGAAAGAAAGAAGAUAAACUGGGAAUCAGAGCAACCUCUACAUGUCCUGUAACAUUUGAAAAUGUAAAGGUGCCUGAGACCAAGAUACUGGGGCAGCUUGGACAAGGGUAUAAGUAUGCCAUUGGUAUGCUCAAUACGGGCAGAAUAGGGAUAGCUGCACAGAUGUUGGGAUUGGCACAGGGAUGCUUUGAUCACACUAUUCCAUAUACAAAGGAGAGGACCCAGUUUGGAAAAAGCAUAUUCGAUUUUCAGGGAAUGCAACAUCAGAUUGCUCAGGUGGCCGUACAGCUAGAAGCUGCAAGAUUGCUUACCUACAAUGCAGCCCGACUUGCAGAAACUGGAAAGCCAUUUAUCAAAGAGGCAAGCAUGGCCAAAUAUUAUGCAGCAGAGGUUGCAACUGUAACAACAAGUAAAUGUAUUGAAUGGAUGGGAGGCAUAGGCUUCACAAAAGAUUACCCUAUUGAAAAGUAUUACAGGGACUGCAAAAUUGGAACCAUAUAUGAAGGAACUUCAAUGAUCCAGUUGAAUACCAUUGCAAAAUGCAUUGCUCAAGAAUACUGAAAUCCAAAAGAUGCAUUGAUUGUUACAGAUUAUUUCACAGAAAAUUAGAGGCAGUUCAUCUCACUGGUGGAAUCCUUGAUUGUGCCUUCAUUGCCAAAUUCUAUAUCAAAGAGCCAAACAAUUGUUAUAUGUUUCAUAUACAGUCCCUUGCUCAAAUCAGUGUAUAAGUUACCUGACUGCUAUGUAUCAUUGGAAGCUUAACUUACAGUUAUAAUGGCACAGGUCCUGCCUCUUUUGAAGUACUUGUUGGAUUUUCUGUCUCUCCGUGCUGACAUCUAUCAACUUGCUGAUACCAUUUGAUUCUGAAUUGGUGAAACAUUUCCUGCAGGAAUGAUCUUUCCAAAUUACCACAUUUCUCUUAAUCCUUGGCAUCUACUUUAAUUUGGGGUGUUUAUAAAUGUACAACAUUUAUUUUUAUUUUUAAAAAGUUGUAAAUCAUGGUAAAGUAUAUAUCCCAAAAUGUCUGAGAUUUUAUUCACAUGACUGCAGUGGUCUCAAAACAUUAGUUACAAGCCAGUAAUAGUAACACUCAUUUACAUGUCCGUGGGACAAUACGAAUGUAAGUGAUCAAUCAUCCAAAUGCUUAAAAAUGGUGCCAAAAUGUAAUGGACUGUUCUUGCUUGAUUUCUAACCCCUUUUCUUAGAGGAUGGGGUAGGAUGAGGUAGAGUUCUUAUUUAAAGCCAAUAAGUUCGAAUGCAUAGGGCUCUGAUUUUGAUACAGUGCUUUUCAAAAUGGAUAAAAUCAACAGCUGCCCAUACGUGCCCAUUCUCUGUUGUGGCCUCCACCUUAUUGAAAUGCCCUGCCUGAUGGGGUCAAGAAAGCUCCCACUCUCUGAGCUUUACAUC